CUUCAGCUAAAUCCCGCAGCCGCAAGGCGGGUUACAUGCUGGUAUAUAUAUUAAAUUAGUAGUCAAACGCCCGGCGGACCCCAAAUACCUACUCGCCACCUAACCGAUCAAAGUGUCAGCUGCCGUGGUUCGGAGAAAGUCGCAGGGAAGAACGGGGAGAAGGAAACCGAAGAAAAAGAGGGAAGUUGAACAAGAAAUAUCUGGAGUCCAUGCAAGUAGUCGGGCGCCUCUUUCUAACCACAAUUCUCUAGAGUCUCCUAUAUCAUUCCCAUCGGAACAAAAAGAAGCAGACAUAUCUCCUGUCUCAGCCUCUGGAUUCCGUAUAGAUCUCCUGCCAUCAGGAGAGAGUUAUAACUUGUUCACAAUCUAUAUCUCCCUUUGACAUAAUUCCCAAGAAUCGAUUCAACUGACAGGGGCUCUCUGCGCUACAAAUUAUUUCUCUCAAUGGGUUUUUUGUGAGUUUUAUGAGCAAAAUACUUUUCGUUCAAGGUCUGAGAUGUAGAUUCUUGUCGGGAAAGAAGCUGUGCUGGUUUCCCUUUUGUUCAGCAGAGCACGAUCGGAUCUAAGAUAGGAAGCAGGUCUUGAUCCUCAAAACUUUUGAUGUCCUGGGAGCUAUCGUUCAUUAAUGAAAUAUACGAAGAGAAAUGGAUUCUUCAUUCUACCUGGGGACACUUGCCGCCGUGCUGAUACAUAUGAUUCUCUGGAAGGCUUCGUUGGGAGAUCCUCAGACGACGGUUGUGCGUCAGUUUUGCAACAACAACAGUGUAGCUGUUUCUCCCACUGUUCUCGCCGAAAACUUUGUUUCUGCGAUGGAUAACUUGAGCAGCCAGGUUGAUCAGAAUGGUUUUGGUACAGCAGUCGCUGGGACAGGCCCCAAUUCUUUUUACUCGCUCAGCCAGUGCUUUGGAGACCUCGAUUCGGUCGAUUGUCAGUUGUGCUUCUCCGAGAUUAGAUCUCUGCUUCCGAAAUGUUAUCCCUAUACCGGCGGCAGUAUCUUUCUUGAUGGCUGCUUCGGGAGGUACGAGAAUUACUCAUUCUUUGAUGAGAUCUUUGACUCCGACGACACAAAUGUGUGUUCUUACAGUAAAAAUAGUUCGAAUCCGAGUAGUUUUAGCAAAGCUGUCACAGUGGUUGUCAGUAACGUGACUUCAGAAGCUAUAAAGAAGCAGGGGUUUGCUGUUGGAUCCGCUUCAGAUUCCGAAUCACCAGUUUAUGCUCUUGCUCAGUGUUGGGAGAACUUGAACAAAACGCUUUGUAGAUCUUGUCUCCGUGCUGCAGCUUCUUCGAUCGUUUUAUGCACACCAGCAACAGAAGGCCACGCGCUUUAUGCUGGUUGUUAUGUGAGAUAUUCCACUGAACUUUUCUGGAAUGUAAACCAGACAUCUUCAAGUUCUUCAGGAAAUCAUACAAAAAAGAUUAUAUGGAUCAUACUGGGCGUUUUGCUUGGUGGUUUUCUCCUUUUAGUUGGGAUCAUUGCCUGGAGAAAGAGAGGCUACUGGAGCAAAUCAAAUGUCUCUUUGAGAGAUAUGUGCAGGCCAGAACUCUCAGCGGCUUUUUCUCAAUCAAAUCUGAAUUUCAGAUAUAAAGAGUUGAGAAAAGCUACUAAUAAUUUUAAUUUAUCAAACAAACUUGGUCAAGGCAGUUAUGGGACUGUGUUUAAGGCUGUUCUUUCCAAUGGAAAAGAAGUUGCUGUCAAGAGAUUGUUUCUGAACACAAGACAGUGGGUUGAUCAGUUUUUCAAUGAAGUAGGUCUGAUAAACCAAGUUCGGCACAAAAAUUUGGUGAAGUUGCUGGGUUGUAGUGUAGAUGGCCCUGAAAGCUUACUUGUGUACGAGUAUUGCUCCAACAAGAGCCUGGAUCUGUUCAUAUUUGAUGAAAACCAUGAUAAGCGUCUAGUUUGGCAACAAAGGUUGGAUAUCAUUCAAGGAGUUGCAGAAGGGCUUUCUUAUCUCCAUGAAGAAUUAGAAACUCGAAUUAUCCACCGUGACAUUAAGGCGAGUAAUAUUCUCUUGGAUGAGAAGUUCAUGCCCAAGAUAACAGAUUUUGGCCUGGCAAGAUCAUUUGCAGUGGACAAAACACAUCUUAGCACUGGAAUAGCUGGAACACUUGGUUAUAUGGCUCCUGAAUAUGUUGUGUAUGGGCAUCUUACUGAGAAGGCAGAUGUUUUCAGCUAUGGUGUACUGGUUCUUGAAAUUGUGACUGGAAAAAGAUGCGGCAGUGGAAUUGGAACUCAUGGAGGGAAUUUAUCCUUAGCAAAGAUUUGGGACCAUUAUAAGACUGGUAUGGUGGAAAAACUCAUAGAGGAAUGCAUUUGCAAGGAGAGCGUGAAGGCUGACAUUCUGCACAUCAUGCGGAUUGGACUGUUUUGUGUUCAAGCCAAUCCACAUUACAGGCCAACAAUGGCAAAGGUGGUGGAGUUGCUCAGAAGCAGCAGGAAUGAAGAGGAGGUUGUCUUGACUGAUCCUCCAUUUUUAGAUGUUGCUAUGGAGGACAUCGAAGAAGGUGAAGCUUCAUUCUUGCUGCCUAGCAUCUCUGCUCCAGCUCUGUCACAAUCAUCUGAAUGUCAGAUAAAUGCAAGAUGAAUUUCACCUCAAGUUCUAAUAAGUCACUUUGUGUGUUGAGCACGGCAACUGACACGAGCCACAUAUUUACUGACAUGUUUGGUAUGUCCACUGGUUGGCAUGCCUUUAUUUGAUAUACAAGUAGGUGAUAUUUGAAUUUUCUUCUACUUAUUACCACAAUAAAAGUUUUGGCGUUUUUGGACU